UAAAGCGGACGGCUCCUUUCGCUGUUCAAACACAAUCUCACCAGACGUCCCGAGGUGUAUAUAGAAAAGGCAUCGUGUUUGCAGCAGAGAAGCAUGGACGCUAUCAGCAGGAAGCGGCCAACCACACGCCCUUGAUUCUAGGCAAUGUCCAGAGGAGCAAUGUCAGGGAUGGCUUGCUUAUAAAUCAUGCAUCUACGCUGGAGGUGUUGGUGUCCCUUGACUUUGACUACAAGGAACCCAGUGAUUCCAGCACAUUUACUGUAGCGCAGGUGGCUGGCCUCAAACAUAAAGAUAAAGUUGGAAUGAUCCAGGCAAAGGUUGUGUGGCUGCAGGACUGCAGUUCCACGGCCACUGUCUAUGGCAAAGAGCUGGAGGUCAAGGAUUGCCAUGUUGCUGACCAAACCGGGAAGAUUAGGCUGUCCCUCUGGGGGGGGCUUAUUGGCCAAGUGGCACAGGGCGUUUCCUACGUCCUGACGGACCUGGCGGUCCGUAAAUGGGGAGGGUUGUAUCUGACGUCUACGAAGGACACCACCAUCCGGGUCUCAGAGGAGGAUGUCCUGGUUCCGGAAUCUGUUGUGAGGCUGCGACUGGAGGUGGAGCAGCAGGAGGAGGUGGAGCAGCAGGAGGUGGAGCAGGAGGAGGUGGAGCAGAUGGAGGUGGAGCAGCAGGAGGUGGAGCAGGAGGUGGAGCAGGGGAUAAAGAAGGAGAUGCUCACCACGGUGCGGGGACCAGUCUAUGGAGUCCAACUAGCUGCCCAACGGCAGUGCAGCAGCUGCUACAAAAGGCAGCUGGCCUUCAACCUAAAGGCCAAAAACCAUCGCUGCGAGGCCUGUGGCCUCCUUCAGAAGGUCGGGUCCUAUGUACAGGCUGCCAACGGGACAGUCAUGGUCAAUAAGGGCGAUGUGAAACUCACGUUGACAUUGACCUCGACUGUCCUGAUGACAUACCUGAGUCAAAACAACCUCCAGGAGCUGCUUGCAGAUGUGCAGUUGGUGGAGGAGCACUUUUUGGAAGUGGGGGUGUUUGUAAUCCAAUACAAUGCCAACAAUGUGGUUGUCGUUGUCACAACAGGGAAUGUUUGAAUGCAGGAUGAUCGUAAUUAAUAGCAUAUUAAGAAGUCGUAUCAUAAUAAUUCAGUGUAAUUUUAAUGGCACAGAAGAUAUUGUUAUUAAUGAAAUCCCCAUUUAAAGUAUGAAAAUAUAUUUCUUGCAUAGCUGAGUGGAUUUGUGGGAUGUAAAUAAGCUACAUGUCAACGAGAUGUGGUCUUUCUUAACUGGUUGUAAUUGGGUAUUAUUUGACUUUUAGUCCUGUAUAUGACGUGUCAAAUGUUUUAUUUUUAUUUAUCUUUCUUUCUGUUUUUCUUCUUUUUUUUUAAUGGAAGGCAAACAUAACUUGUUCAUGGAAAUAUUUUUGCAAUUCCAUCCAAAAGUCUUGAAUGUUGAAGUUAAAGUCAUUGUUGGGAAUGCUUAUGAUGUAUGGAGGUUUCUUAAUAUAUAUUGAAAUAAAAGCAUUCAAAUCGACACAAUUGAAUCCUAUGUAUAUGCAU